UUCUGGCCGCUUUAUAUUGAAUUUUUCUGCACUUAUUCUGCACAAUUAUUUAGGGAGGCUUAUGAAUAUUUUAGGAAGGAUUCAGCCCCCCUUCUCCCAAAAUUACGACUUACGACGAUCUCAACACAAGGCGGCUUUAAACCUUUACGCUUAAUAACAGUAAAACACAUCAUCAUCAUCAUCAUCAUCAUCAUCAUCAUGCGGGGGCUGUUGCGCUCCUCAAAAACCAGCACAAGCAGCGUCAGUUUCCUACUGUCCCUGAAAGCAGCAUGUGCUCGCUGGUAAACAUUUGGGGCUGCAGUGAUUGGCCAGAGUUGAUCCGCGUCUACUUACUCCCUCAGACUCCUGACAACUCUCCUCACUGAGAGGGAGCUCACCUGGCCGCGCUGCCGCAGCUCCGUGCGCAAGGACGUCGUUUUUUUUUAUUUAUUUAUUUCGUUUCUUCUUUCGCUGGACACCUGGAGGGGACAUGGCCUCCCGGGACACUUUUAACGACUUGGGCUGCAGUUCGUCCGAGGAGGAGAGCAGCCGAGCGGACGCGCCAGAGGGGUCCGGGGAGGAGAAGACGUCUCCGGUGGUGCGUCGGCGCCACCCGUUCAGCGUGGAGGCGCUCAUGUCCGGCAUGAAGACGGAGAGCCGCGGCGGAGACGCAGACUGCUGCUCCGCGAAGGGAAGCUCGGUGCCGGUGUCACCCUCGGGGUUCAGCUCCCUGUUCCUGUGCCGGGAGACGUGCAGCCUCCCCGGGGGGAGCAGGAAGAGUUUGGCGGCUGCGCCUACGUCGCCGGUAAAAUCGGAGGCGUCGGAGUCAGAGGACUGCGCUCCCUGGGUCACCGGCACCGGCGCCUUCUCCACGCAACCCCGUCAUGUCACUCCCGGCUGUCAGCUGAGGAAACACAAGACCAACCGAAAGCCCCGCACGCCCUUCACCACCACCCAGCUCCUGGCUCUGGAGAGGAAGUUCAGGCAGAAGCAGUACCUGUCCAUCGCCGAGCGGGCCGAGUUCUCCUCCUCCCUGACCCUGACGGAGACCCAGGUCAAGAUCUGGUUCCAGAACCGCCGGGCCAAGGCCAAGAGGCUCCAGGAGGCCGAGCUGGAGAAACUCAAGAUGGCCGCCGACGCCAAGACGGCGGCGGUGGCGGCCGUCGCCGCCGGAGCCCUGCACCCGGGCUUUACGUUACCGCUGUCACUGGGCGCCAUGUCACUGUACGGACAGUCGUACUCCGCCUACCACCACCACCACCACCACAGACCCAUGCUGCCUAUAUCUCCUCUAGGACUCUACCCUCUGGGCUACAGCAUGUACCACCUGUCAUAGGAACGGAAAUACCACGGACUCGGUUGAAAUGCGUUUCAAUGUGGAUUCCCCCCCAAAACAAAACAAAAAUAAACGGACACAGAGGACGUGUGCUUUCAAAAAAAUCUAUCUUUAUAAUAUCUCACAUGAAGUGUUAGAAUCUGAGCACUUCAAAUAAAUGUCUAUCACCCCCCCUCCUCCCUCGCCCCCCCAGCAGCAGCAGCAGCAGCAGCGAGGAUUUAAAAGCUUCCUCUCAUGAACCUUUGGACUGUUUACACGAGCCGUCUGCCUGAGGAGGGCUGUUACUGUCCGCCUGUUUAUACUCAUCACUUGUUGUUUACUUCUGCAAUAACUGCGCUGGGCGAGGACGUGCGCCGGCCUCCAGAGCCGCCACUUUUCUACUCCUUCAAGCCUCUCGCCGCUCAUCAGACACGAGCCUCGACGGGGACGAGUCCGAGCGGCGACACACAGGCCGGCGUCCAACAUAUCACUUCAAUCUGCCUCCGUACAAAACCCCUGACAAAACACAUUCAGGUGUGCGACGUCCUCAGAAGUUUCAAACCCUCUCGCCGUCCGUCACACUGAAAACUUUGUAAUAAAAACUUGUUAAUGUUUUAUCUCCCGGAGCAAUAAAAGCCUUAAAACACUUCUUCUUUACAACACAUUUAUAGACAUAUUUAUGCUCUUUGAAAUACGAUGCUGGAAAUGUACGAACACCUCAUAUCUUGUAUUUAUGAUUAUGAGAAUAUGGUACAAAGACUUCUGACCAAACCUUAUAUUUAUAUUGUUCCUGAACGUCCCUUUGAGAGGGCGGCCUCUUUUUGUGCUAAACAGUUUGUACAUAUCUAUUUUUAUUUUUUUUUUGUUUUUUCCAUGUUUUUAUCAUUGAAAUGAACCAAAAACCUAUUAAAAGCCUUUCAGCGUUG